AUGGCCUUAGUAACCCGAUUCAGAUUCCAAAAAGUUUUCAAAAUCCUUUUGAUCCAUUAUUGUCUCAUAAAAAAAGCAAAUAUGCUUGUAAAACCUGGGCCCUUUAUACCACCAGAUAUAAGUCCCCCCAUCGAACAGGCGAACUGCAAGUACAUCCUGGCCACCCCGACCGUGUUGCCAAGUGGGAAGACGGGACAAGUCUGCGUCUUUAUUGACUGUGAGGAGACUGUACAGGUGGACGUUAGGUUGGAAUACCAAUUCACCAGCAUAUCCCUAUUCAACAAUCAGAUCACGUCUCAGUUUUUUGAAUGCAAAGAUGUUCCAGUCCCUACGGUCACCACAGUGACACUGGCUUAUGUAACCUUUUCAGCUAUUGGAAAUACAGUAGAAAAAAGGGAACGCAAAGGCGUUGCUAUUGACAAUAUGCCUGCAUCUUGCUUUGUUCAAACAGAAAAGAAAUUGUACAGACCUGGAGACACAGUGAGAAGCAGAGCAUUUUGUCUGAACUAUGACCUGAAGCCAACAGAACAAAAGUUCACCAGAGUUCGCCUUUUGGAACCAACCGGGGCAUGUGUGCAAAUAAUAGACCUGCUGUCAGAGUCUUAUGUAGCAUCUGCGGAAGUAACCCUAAGUGAAGACGCUUCUCCGGGAGGAUACAAUCUCAUAUUCGAGAGGGAAUCUGGCAAUCCAGUGUCCAAAUAUGUGACAGUGCAAAGAUACAGGUUACCAAGAUUUGACUCCACCGUCACCUGUCCAAAUACACUUUCAAUCCUGGAUAAAUCAGCCAAAAUUGACAUAUCUGCAAAGUAUGUAUAUGGUAAGCCAUUACCGGCCACCGUCAUCAUAAAGUGCUGCAGAAAUAAAGCCUACAAUUACGGCAGAGCAGGGAAUUGUUACAAAGGCUUGGAAGAUAUUUGUGAGGAAUUUACUGGAGAGCUGGAUGACACUGGAGCCUACACUAAUGAUCUGAGCCUGGAUAUCUAUAAGCUCCAGUUUUCAGAAUACAGCAGUAGCCUUCAAUGUACAGUCACCAUAAAAGAAGCUGGAACAGGGGUCCUGGACACCAAAUACUGUUAUAUGUACAUCUCCAGCCAACCCAUUAAUCUGCAGAUUGACUAUUCCUAUACUCCUCAGUUUUACAAACGUGGACUGGAGUUUCCAUUUGCAGUCACACUAACAGAUGAAAAAAGCCAACCCUUGGCCUAUAAAAGCGUUUCCAUAGACGUAGAUGGAUUAGAAAUCAAGACAGUAACAACAGAUGCUCAAGGGCGGGCGGAAUGUGCAAUUGAUACAUCGCAAUACUUUAAAGCAAACUUUACUAUCCGCGCCAGCUAUUUAGAUGAAGACCAAUGUUAUGUCCCAAGUCAGAGUCCCCGAUGGUCCCCAGUGUUUUCUAAUAGCUAUGAUCCUGGGUAUCCUCAUGCUGAAAGAAUUGUCUAUCGGUUUUUCGCGGAGACAGACAGCUUCUUACAAAUCAAAAAGGAGACACAAGGAGAACUCACCUGUUCCUCGACUUUGCCCAUAGAGGUGAAAUACAAAGUGACCAAAGACGGAGUCGGGAAAGGUGCAACUAGUACCACUUUCUAUUACUUGGUCAAAGCAAGGGGACAAAUUGUAUUACAUGGCAAACAAGAUGUUGAUUUGUCCACCAGCCUGAAAGGAUCUUUCAGUAUAAACCUGCUUAUAACGCCUAAAUAUGCAAAAAGUGCUAAAGUCCUGGUUUUUGGAGCAAUGAAAACUGAAAUCAUCUCAGACUAUUUAGAAUUUUCUGUGGAGAGCUGCUUCGACAAUCAGGUUUCCUUGACCUUCACAGAAUCAAUCGUAGCACCAGGGUCCGAGGUUGAGCAAGAAAUAACAGCAGCUCCGGGUUCACUCUGCGGAUUAAGAGCAUCCGAUGCCAGUUUGGAUUUACUUCAGUCAUACGAUGAUUUCAACCGUGAUAAUCUGCCUUACUCUCUGGAAUAUUAUAAUUAUGGCCUCCAAGUUCAGAAUUAUGACUUAGGAGACCCAGAGCCCCCUUGUGAGGAUCCAAGCAAAGAGGUGUUUUGUCAUGGAAGAUAUUAUCUGCCUUACAGCAGCACAACAGACGGGGAUACGUACAGCAACCUUGUGUCGAUGAGUCUGAUUGUUGCCAGUGAACUUAGAGUGAGAAAACCCCAGGUCUGUGGAAUGGAGCAAGUCAAUACCCCUAUCUUUGCAACUAUAUUCGCAUCAGACAGUGUUCAGUCCUUUGCAGGAGGGUUCAGUGCGGCUAAAGCUGGAAGCAUCGAAACAGUUCGGAGCAAUUUUGAUGAAGCAUUUGGAUGGCAGAUUGUGAUCACAGGGACUGACGGUAAAGGAAUCGCAACAUCCACCAUCCCGGACACCAUCACCGAGUGGAAGAGCGACAUGUUCUGCGUCUCCCAAACAGAAGGCGUGGGCUUCACCAACCAGACUGCAAAGAUCACCACAUUUUUACCAUUCUUCGGGGAACUGACAAUGCCGCAAUACUGCACCAGAGGCGAAAAACUCAUAAUAACCACAACCGCGGUGAACUACGAAGACGACUGCAAGAAGGUCAGUUUUUCAGUCACAGCUUCUGACGAUUCUCAGGCGACCUCCCUGAGUGGCGAUGAGGAGAUCUGUAUAUGUAACGGAGAAUCUGCCUCAAAACAGUGGAGCAUGGAUUUUACCUCUUUAGGUGAAGUAAACCUCUCAGCAUCUGUCUCAACAACUCACAUAUCUGAUUCAUGUGACGGGCCCAAUGACGAUUCAAAACCAUCCCGUACAGACACAGUCAUAAAACCCCUUCAAGUAGAGGCCGAAGGAGUAAAACGAGAAGUAACAUUCAGUCACCUGGCCAUCGUGAAAGAUACAACCUCUGAUAUUGAAGUCACGAUUGAGAGUCCAGAUAACUUGGUGGAAGGUUCAUUUCAGAUAUACUUCACUGUCGUAGGUGACACUGUAGGACUCAUGGCUGCUAAUCUCAUCAAUUUGCUGAGUCAGCCAGACGGAUGCUGUGAGCAGAACCUGGCCAGGAUUCUUCCCGUCGCCUUUUUGCUAAACUAUCUCAAUUCUACCAACCAAUUAGACGACGACCUUCGUGAAAAGGCACAGAGUUAUCUCAGCUCUGGUUAUGCUCGACAACUUGCAUGCCGGAGCUGGGAUGGCCAAUAUUCUGUCUUCCGCAAUUCGCAUGUUCCAAAUUCUUGGUUGAGUAUAAACACAUUCUUUGCCUUUGAGCAAACAAAGCCUUGGGCCUAUAUAGAUGAGAGCGUCCAACAACAGACAUUGCUACAACUGGGGAGGACACAGGACCUGAGUACCGGCUGCUUCAGUCCCACUGGGUCACUAUUCACCGUCCAGGAUGAUUAUAAUAAUACGCUCCGCUAUACAGCGUAUGUGGCAAAGCGGUUACUGAAAUCUAAUUUAUACGGAAUUGGGGAAACAUUGUUGGAAGGUUGCCUAAGGUGUAUCCAAGCAGCGGAUUACGAGACCCUGGAUAUAUAUACUCUCGCCUAUGUAUUCGAAGUUAUAGCUCUGGCUAAACUAGACAGAUGGGAAGAGGUGUACGCCAUUGUGCAAGCACGGGCCAUAACCGAAGGUGGUACAAUAUACUGGAGGCGUGAAAACAUACUUUCAGGAAGGCCAUAUUAUUUCUUGCCCAUUGUGUACGCCUCAGCAGAGGUGGACAUCACAGCAACCAUGAUGUUGGGUAUUUUGCACGGCCCUGUUGUGAAUCAAGAGAAACUCGAUGAACUCGCCCAAAUAGCAACGUGGCUGUCUCAGCGUCAGAACGCAUAUGGUGGUUACAUAUCCUCACAGGACACAGUAACGUCGGUUGAAGCCAUUACGGAGUAUGGUCUACGGGUCUACGUUGACGACACCGAUGUUAACAUUUUUGUGGCUCUAGGAGAUAUUCAAGUUGCCCAAGCAAGUGUUACCAAAGAUAACAAGAUGCUGGUUCAGAGAAUCCCCUUACCUGUUGAAUUUGGAAUUUACACAGUGACCACCUCUGGAAAAGGCAACCCCCUAAUACAGAUCACAGCUAAAUUCAACACCAAGGUAACAAAUGAAGGAAGCGAAUUCUCCCUGACCGUUACUACACGGACUGAAUCCUGUACUGAAGGUGUAGCGCCAGUCAUUUAUACUGAUAUCUGUGCCAGUUACAAUGGUGACCAACAGGAAACCAACAUGAUCUUAAUUGACAUCAAGGAACUGACUGGUUAUUCGACUGAUCGUGGAUCAUUCUACAAUAUUUUGUCUGCAGAUAAGAUAUCUGACGUUGUUUUUAAAGACAAUCAUGUUUACUUAUACCUGAAUUCCCUGAAAGCUGGCAUCGAGGUCUGCCACACCAUAACAUCGUAUUUGGACAUGCGGGCUCUACUCUAUCAGAGCAGCACUAUUAUCUUACAGGACUAUUAUAAUCCAGAUAAAUCGGCUUAUGCAGAUUACUCCUACCCCUGCUCACCUUUAGUUGUGGAGUAAUCUUGGUGGCUACAGGAUCACGUUUCAGGAUAUUAGACAUUCUGAAACCUGUCGACUUAGUGUAGAUCUAAAUCCGAACUUUACAAGACCGAAAGACCAUCAACAAAAACUGAGAUGAACCCGGGAAUAUCAAUACAAGAAGUCUGGAGAACUCCCAGAACGGAAGAAUGAUUUGCAGCAUUGAGCAUUGCCUAUGGGUCAUCUAUAUUAGAGAAAUUGAUUUAAUUCAACUUUUAUGGUCAAACUUUCUCCUGAUAAUUCUUCUGUGAUCAUUCUUCUGAAAUAAAAGUAUAGUACUUUCAGUCCACAGCAUACUGUCUAACUAAUCGUA